CUACCGACACGUAAUACGCUCCUUCAUCCCUCGCUCCAUCCCCGUUACGUACUACUGCAUAGAAAAGCGACGCAUCUUCCAGCUUGCUUCGAUAAAGUCACCCUCCCUCAUGCAUACGACUACACAUUAAAUCUCAGGAUACACCAUCAUGCGACUCGUAGCAGCUAUUGCCGGCCUGACGCUCCUGGCUUCGACAUCAGUCACGGCACAACCGCUCAUUUUCGAUCGAGCGGCACAAGCCACAAAUCCACCUCUCCAGAUUCUCAACCUCACCAUAGUCGACGACGUUGCCGCAAACACAACUUUCAAUUUCACCGCAUACAAUCCAGACCCGCUCUCCAAUGCUGUGGCCAAUUGCAGUGGAACAUGGCCGCAUGGUAGCCCGCUAUACCCACAAGGAGGCCACGCAUUCCAGUGUGACAAUUCAACUUUCGCAUGGCAUUUUGACAAACCCCUCCAGGACAUCAGGAAGUUCACAAUUGAUCUUCAACAUAUGUUCAACGACCCAGCCGUUGGCGACCCUCCCUACGACCGCGUGACGGUUUUCGGACGAGCCGAUAUUAGCGAAUCGAACGUGAAAUUCAACACAGUCUAUGGCAAGCUGGUGGGCACACAAUCGCUCGACCCCAUUCUCCUACCCAUCUACGCAACCAUGGCAUAGUACCUACCCUACCUAGACAACGCAUAAUUGUCGCCGGCGUUGGGGAGCACACCGAUGAAAGCCGCAUCUGGGACAAACGAUUGGCCUUCAGGGAUAAUGGACCUCCCUGGACCGAAGUUUGGCAUGGAUCCAGAAAUUGGGGGCAUCUUGGAACCCCAGCCAAUGCCAGCAUCAACCUUGCCGCACCUCAAGCGGCUCUGCGCAGGAUUUUGCCUUUUUUUCACAUAUUGACCCCGAAUGAGAAUCACGGCAGUAUUGAAAGCUUCCAGGUACUACUCGCUCCAUCCAUAUAGGGGUUUGGGGCCACGGCUAUUCUUGCAGCUACUACUACUUACUACUACACAACCACCACGAAACGCAGAAACUUUGUAAUGUAUAAAUUUUUGUAUGUAAGACUGGCAGGUCUGUCCUACCUCAUUAUCAUCAAGAUAGAUCAAAUGUAAGACUCAUCACUUCUUUGAAGAAGGAAGGGAGGGAGGAGGUUUGUAUGC